GGCUGACUCACAGAGGCGUGGGAGGGGCUAACGGCAAUGUUAGGUUUUAAAUCCACACGUGGUCUAGGGGUUCUUGGGCUUGUUUAGCACCGCGCACACAACCAGAAACUUCUGAGCAACUCAUGCCAGCGAGUGGCCCACGUCUAUCAACUGCGGGGGCAGACGAGAUCGGACGAAAACUUUUGACAACUCAGCGAAAUGCCAUCCUUCCCCCUCAACCAGUUCGCUGACCUGGAAGAGAUGAUGUGCAAGGUAAACGCGGAGCGCAAAGAAAACAGUUACUGAAUCUUGACUUGAAGGAGCAGAACCGACCACCUCCGUCAUCCUCCGUCAGUCUGGCAAUGGGAUCACCGGGCUGCAUUGGUCAGCCGCGUAGCAACACGUCGUUCUCCCUGUCGUCUCUCGCCUGCCUCCCCGCUGAUCCGUCAGACGGUGUAUUUCUGACCUCCAGCCAAUGGGGGGAGCAGCCAGAAAGCCCUCUGCCCACCCAGCUCAUUAAUUCCACCCAGUGGGCCAAGUCAGGCUUCCUUGCCCAGCGCUCCCUCAGCAUGGUGGAGACCGGCAGCACCACAGCAGCAAGUCUUGGCUGGCCGGGGACUGACCUAACGCACUCCCAAAGUGACAUCAGCCCCACUGCACUGAACACCAGCUCCUCUUCCCUUUCCUCCUCGCGCUAUAAGACUGAACUGUGUCGGUCUUUCACCGAGAGCGGCUUGUGCAAGUACGGCGGGAAGUGCCAGUUUGCCCACGGGCUGGACGAGCUGCGAGAUCUCAACCGGCAUCCGAAGUACAAAACCGAGCCGUGUCGCACGUUUCACACCAUCGGCUUCUGCCCCUACGGGAUGCGCUGCCACUUCGUCCACAACAACGAGGAGGAGGAAAUCAAACAUUCCCCCGCUCGCUCCUCCUCGUCCUCUUCCUCCAGCAUUCCCCAGCAGCCGCCUUCCUCCUUCCGCUCGCACAGACCUCCUCUUGUCAGACAGAGCUUCAGCUUCGCUGGGUUUCCCUCUGCUCCCCUUCAGCCUGCCCUUCCUGCUCACCCUCCUGCCACUGCUUUUUUCACGCGUGAACCUCCGGCCUCUCCUCCUUCCUGCGCUGACAUUACCGACCUCCUUUCUCAUGCCUUCCUAGAGAUGGACUCUGCCUUCGAGGCCUCCCCUGCCGACCAGUACCAGCCCCCCAUAAGCCAGGUCACUGCAGCGGACCCCCGGUCUCCAUUCCUGCCUUCCCCAGACUCCGGCUGUUCUCCGAGCGGGCUGUCUCCGACCGCCUCCCCUUCCCUGAGGCAGAGUCCCAAUGCUACUGGGGUCUUUCCGGGGCCACUGGGUGCACGAUCCCUGUCCUACACCUCUCUGUCAGACCAAGACCAGGAUGGAAGCAGCUCUGCUAGCUCGCUCAGUGGCUCUGAAUCCUGCGGAGGCAUUAAUGAAGUCAACGGCAAGCGUCUGGCUGUAUUCAGUCAGCUCUCUGUUCCUGAGGAUGCUACUGGGUUCUGCCUUCAGGCUGCAGUAUGAACACAAACAUACAUUCAUAUUUAUAUAAACAUGCAGAACGACAUAAUAUAUGCUGUACACACGUAUAGCCACAUUCAAGCGCGCACACACACACACACACACAUACACACACACACACUAGAAGCCUAUAAAUGCACACGUACACUCAAACGGCAGCGACACCUCAGAUGUUCUUUGCUCCUGUGUGGCAUCAAAGGAAACAAAGACAUAUUGACUGAAACAGAAAGCACAGAGAGAUUCGCCUAUUCGAUCAAUGUGGUUUAACUCUCACUGCCGUAUGCGUAAGGGAAGCGACAGUGCAGAACCCUGAAAUGUGUGUUGCCACCAAAAUGGAGUUUAUAUCAAAGACAGAAGUUAUAUAGUGCUUGAGGCGAAUGAAGCUCAACCAAAAUCAUAUGUUAGGAUGACAAAUAGCGACAAAGAUAUUGUAAUCACAGUGUGAUGAGUCCAACCACACCAUUUCUAUUACCCUUAUACCAAUUUCUGGGUGAUCAAAAGAAUGUGACGAAGCCAAAGACGUCUUUGUAGCUCAAACGUUUUGAUUAUGGUAGCACAGACACACUAUGUUAACUGUACACAGUAUUGUUGAAACUGUUGUUUUUUUUUUUUAUAUGUAAAUGCAGUCUGAGGUUAUGUUUAGAUCACUAGCCUUGAACCCGAAUGUUAAGUUUUUAAACGAAUGAAGUGCCUGUUGCGUUAUUUAGCAGGUCACGUGUUGAAGCGAUAUUUGCUGGUUUGUUAGGAGAGAUGUGUGGAUGGGGGUGCAGGUCUCUUUAUUUAGCCAAAUAAGCUAGAGUUCAAGUCUCCUUGUUGUUAAGACGACUACAAGUGUUCUUUUGUGUCUUUGUGUAUUAUUGAUAAACUGCCACCAGUAAACUGUCAAAUGACCUGAUACAGCCUGCCUUACAGGGGGAGGGGGGGACGGGGAGGGGGGGAAUUCAGUUUGAGCUUAAGAAAGAAAAAAGGCCAUGUGGGCUUCACCAUACUUUCUCAUAUCCCAUGUCCAUGACUUGCCGACUGGAAAAGCAGGGCAUUUGUAUGUCUUUGGCUUUGAUGUGUGAAAUGUGCCAGCCCAAAUUGCAGAAUAUCCAUCAACACUGAGUUUAAAGAUAGACUAAAAAUAACCAAACGAAUGAGAUGCCAUCACACAAUUCUGCUUUUUAUUUUGUGUAAACCGAUAUGAUCUGAAAAAGGCACUUGGCAUGGAAGGAAAUUUUAAUCAAGUCAUGUGAAUCUUUCAUGUCCUGUUUUACCUCUGGCAUUUUUCCUAAAUAUGUGUUUUAGAUUAUCUUAAACGCAACAUUCCCAGGAGCAGUUUUCUUUUUCUUUUUUUUUUUUUCCUCUUGUCCAAAGGCAGCACUGGUGUUACAUUUUCGAUAAAUAUUCAUGUUUUUGUGACUCGGCACACCAUAUUUCAUCUCGCCGUCGAUAUUAAUUCUUCCUGUUUUGGCUUUGUCCUGUUAAGAAUGUGUAGCGUUCCUGGUCACAUGUACGUGAACUGAUGCCUCACUGAGCUCGAGCCAGCAUUGUGUAGGGUUAGGGUAUGUAUGCUUAGUGUUAUAGAAGUGUUACUUGUGUGUUUUAUGACAUAGUUGGUUAGAAGAACAGACACUGUGCUGUUACUGGUCUAUUUAAAAUCGCCUUUCCAUCAACAUGUUUAUGGCCUGUUUAGUGUUAAAGGUGAUCUUUAGUAAAUUAAUUUCUUUAAUUUAUUUUAACAUAUUUAUAGAGGACUUUGAGUUGGUGAUGCUUGUAUCAAGUUUAAUAUAUUUGGUUUCUCUUUUUUGCUAUUUUGUACCGGAAAUAAAGUUUUUUUUUUUUUUGAUUCUUUUUUUUUUUAAAGUAAUUUAAGUUUGUUUUGAGAUUCAUGGGGUUACACUUAAAAUGAUUAAUCAGGUAGAAUCUAUACAGGCAUGUGUGGCACAUCUGCUCAGAACCCUUGUAUUGAGGUGCUGCUGCAACAAUGCAGAGGUUACGACACUCGUAUGUUUCCUUUCCUGUGUAGUAUAUGUGCAACAAUGUUCACACAUUUGUGAACAAGAAAGAAAGGAAGGAAGAAAGCAAGCAGGAAACCAGUGAACUGUCAGUUAUGAUUUUCAGUGUAGAUAACAUUCCCCCAGUGGCCCUUUGCUGUACACACACACAGUCAAAAGUAGGUUGGUAAGUUUUUCAGUUAAUAUCUUAGUUUAGACUGACUGAUAAGCUAGUGAUGUUUUACGGGACAGAAACUGGAUGUCAAUUCAUUUUUAUGUAGGAUUUUUCGAUUUUAGUUUUUUUACGAGGCUAGAACAUUACUUUAAAAAAACGUCCGCCUCAAAAUCACCACAUACUGGGACAUGGUUUCACUGGAAAGGAAAAGAAAGUUUGCUUUAAGCUGUGGAAAAAGACAAUAUACUCUGUGUGAUUUUUGGAUUACGGAUCAUUUCUCAGUUCCUUCAGAACGAUUAGCAUAUAUAAUUGCAGACCAGAGACUUCUAUUUUCAUCCACAAAUGACACUGUAAAAGAGUGAAACACAACAGGACCUCCUUGAGCAGCAAAUGAAUUACAGUUACUCUGUGAUGGAGCCUCAUGUUCUAACAAACUAGUGUUGCUGAUUGAUCUGUAAGAGUUUAAUUCAGGGCUAUUUUUCUGAUUGCACUGAAUAAAAGAAGUAAAUCUAUUCAUGCAAGGUUAGCUAUAAUAGUCAACCAGUCUGCUGUAGGACAGCAAGACACUAGUGUGUGUGUGUAGUCAUGCCAUUGAGAUUUCAUGUGGAGAUAAGUCUUUUGUUUAGGGUUUAAUCUGACCAAUCCUGGGCUCCCACCCAUGUCCCUUCUCCCUCACUGAAUCCAUCCUUCCUCCCUCACUUUGUUCCUCUCCUUUCUAUCAGUUAUGUCCCCUCAACACUUUCUUGCUCUGCGUGGCAGCUGAGUACUAAACUUUAAUCUUCUGUUGCUACGGUGAGCAGAAGACGUUUGUGCUGGCAUUGGGAGGGUUAAACCACAAAAUGUAAUUGGUCCUUGUAAAAAUCCAACUAUAUAUGAUAAAACGGGAAAACAACCAGGGAUAUAAAACCAGUUUGUGGUCUAAAUUGUCUUAAUUACAUUAAGUUUGUGAAGAAUGUUUACAUCAAACUAAUAUGGUAUUUCAUCAUCGCUUAAAAAAUUAGUCAUGAUGGUAAGAUUUAGAUUUUUCCUCCAUUCACGAUGUCUAUCAAAAAAAAAACAGGGCUAUAGAUGCAUGCACAUGGUUGACCCCCCCAGGAAUCUCUUUUAAUGCACACAAGAGUUGUCACUGUUAACAUGAGAUGGGCUGGCUGUCUUGGAAUGAGUAGUGGCUGUUAGGGGGUUAAAGGCAUGUGUGUGUUUGUAUGGUUUCUGUGUGUGUGUGUGUGUGUGUGUGUGUGUGUGCUGAAUUGUGUCUGAUAGACAUUCUCCCACACUCUUGCCCUGUGGGACACAGGCAGGCAGAUGGCUGUAUUCAAGUCCACCACAGGUCAACAUAUGGCCCUGAGAGACAACGUUUGUUUGUGUGUGUGUGUGUGUGAGAGACAGAGAAUCUCCCUCUUAGGCUGGUAUGCAUGAGUGAAGGAAGUUGAAUGAGUAAGAAUUGGGAUAAUAGUGGGGUAAUAGUGGAGGCCUACAUAAAACGCUGUGGAAUAAGUUGCGAGACAAAGAAGUGGGACAAUUUGAGAGGAUGAAGGCCGGCACAUCAGAAGCCAGCUAGCAAUUGGCUAAGCUCCUACUGUUUCCUGACCAGCUAACUAUUAACGUUAGUGCUAAAUAUAUCAGUCUAAUGAUUACCACACUAGUGCUAGUCCACCUAGACAACUUCUAGGUACUUCACUCCUGAGAAUACACAUGCUUAAAUAUUAAAUAGCUACAGCUAACUAGCUCCAGCAGACUAUCAAUACCGUCCUUCUGUUAGCAUCCAAGUAGCAUAAAAAAACUUAUGGAGCAGCCUAAACACUUAGUCCUGCUCUAUUCAGACUUGUGGGUGUUGUGCAGCUGCAUGUGAUGAAUUAACCACUUCAUUGACGUUGUUUUGGACCCCAAUUUAGUACUGGCAUAACCAAAUUGUCAGGGUUCAACAAUUACUUUAAACGGCAUCUCUGCCUACAAACUGCAGUGAGCCUUCGAGGAAAUCUAACCCAGAUCAAUAGUCUCUGACAACUUCUCACACAAAAGACUUCAGUCAGUCCAUGUGGACAGUGUUGCUCAAUUCUAGCAAGUCAUCAAUUUGAGAGGAUGAAUGCCGGUUUUACUUGCACCCCCCCCAGCACCUCCUUUCUUUCUUCUAGCUCCUGAACACACCCCUCCUCCUCCCAUCCUUCAUUGACCGUUCCUCUUUGUGAUAUUGUGAUGCAGGAGGAAGUGAAGCGAAGCCAUGUAGAGCAGCACAGAACAGCUGUGAGCUGAACUCUCACCAUCACCCCUCAAUUGUAGCGAGCCAGUCCC